UGCUUUUUCAUGAUUAUGCACCGUACUCGAAGUAAAAGAAAAGCGCAAAAUUUCUUUAUAAGACAAUUCUUAACAAAUUAUGAAUAAAAAUACUUUAGCCUCGUAAAAAUAAUAAUAUUUUUGGUAUACUUUAAGUUUAUAGAAAUGGCCUCAUUAAGUAACGUUGUAAUCGAAACAGAAAAAGAUAUACCGCUAGUAAACAAAGUAAAAGAUGCUGAAAUGAAUAAAAUGGAUGGUCUAGUAGUUCAAAGUUUGCGUGAAAACUUUGAAUUAAGAGAGAAUUCUAGUGAAAGUUUAAGCUGUAUUGUCGAGUUAGUAAAAAAUUCUUUUCCUGAUUAUGAUGCAUCAUCAGUUCACCACUGUCUUGUGGAGGCAUUUCCUGACCUUCAAGCGCAGCAGAGUAAUGACAAAGAAGAAAUUUAUUAUUUGGGCAUCAGUUUUAUAAAUAGUCAGUCUGAAGAAGAAAGAAUUAUUACAUGGCUUAAAAACAGGUUUCAAGAAGAUCAAUUUGGAAGAGUUUCAACACAAACAUUAAUAGAAAUUGCUAGAAAAGAAUCUGGAGGUUUUAAAACAAAUUCUCUUGGUUAUUUUCUUCGAAAAGCUUUUCCCAAAAUUUAUAUGCGACGAUCAGACAGGCUUCGGUGGUGGUGCGGUAUAUGCUUGCCAGAACAAGAGUUAACUCAAGAAGACAAAAGAAUAAAUGCAUGGUUACAUGCAGCAAGUAAAUGGCUAAGACAAAACAUGUUUUUAAAAAUUGGAACUAAGGAGCAAUGCUCAGUAGUGUAUGCUGCUAUUGCAAAUUAUGUUGGCAAGGAAUCUCAUCACCAAUAUAUUACAGCAAUUAAAAGUGUCUUCCCUAAUAUUAUUCGUAAAACAAUCAACAGAAUUGACUAUUAUCUUGGUGUAUCAUUUUCAAACAAUGUCACAAGGGAGGCAGUUGCUGCAUUGUAUCCUAUGCAACGAUCAAAAGAUCCAGUAGAAAGACCAAUUAUUUCAGAAGAAGAAAGAAAAGUUGUUACAUGGUUGCGAAAAGUGCUAAAACUUAGUUUGCUUCAUCGUGAAAAAAUUUAUGAUAUUUCUUCAAUGUUAACAAAAAUGAAUGGAGAGCAUACAACAGAGAAAGCAGCGCUUAAGCAACUCAGAAAGGCAUUUCCCACAGUACGCUAUCGCAAAAGAGGUGGCAUCGGCUAUGUUAUUGGUGUUGAGAUAUUAGAUCCAUACAAGCCUAAAGAUUUCUGGUUGGAAAAGUCAGUUGAAUGGUUACAGCAGGUUUUAAUGCCAGCUUCAAUGGACUACUUUGAGAAGGCGGCCACUCUACUUCAGUAUAUUAAAGAAGGUGUCCAAUGCCAUAAUCGAAGAAAGUGCAUCGAUCUUCUUCGACGAGCUUUUCCUAGAGUUAGUAUUAAAAAAUCACAUGAUGGUCAGCUUAUCUAUGGAGUUCGGUUACGCACAGACAAGCAUGUUGACUUUCCUGUUUUUGAUGCUGAAGAUUUUCAGGGAAAUUUUAGUGAAGUCAAUGUAAGUGAGGUGGAUGAUUGUGAUGAAGAAUCAUACACUGAUGUUAAAUUUGCAGUUGAUUCUCGACAAGUAGUUAAACUUGGUGAAGACACUCGACAAGGAUCUAUUGAAGAUCACCAUGACAUUAGUAAUGUUACACAACAUAGCAAUGAGAAUAAUAUGAGCGUUUUAGCUGAGACAUCGAGGUUAGAAGAUAAGGUAGACAAGCUGACAAGUCUCGUAGAUGCUAUGCGAGAAGAAUUGCGAGAUUUACGAAAUGAGUUAAAUCAAUCAACAAGACAAAAAGACGCUUUAAUUGUUCAACUACAGCAAACAUUAGUUUUGCUGACUCAGCAGCAAUAUCAACGAAUGCUUAAACCUGCAGAAAUUACUGGUCAAGACGGUUUUUUAAUACAAAACAUUCAAUCUUUAUCGACUUUAAACAACGACGUUAGUAAUAAUGUACAAACCGUCAAACAGCCUUUACCUUCAAUAAACAAUCUUAAACAGUUUUAGCUCUCUUAGGGUUUUGUGUUACAAUUAUACAGAAAGUUUAUUAAAUGAUAUCAAUAUAUCAAGGUAAAAUGAAAAAGCAUUCCGAGCGAAUCAGAACAUUAAAAUGGGUGUUUUUCUUUAUGGGAAGAAAAGAUCGCAACAAAGUAUAUGGGUGAUUAAGAUUGUUUUUCCCUUUUAUUACAUCGCGAGUUAUUUCUGAUUAUCUCAGGACUUAGUAAAUGUCACUUUGCAAAGUGUACUUCUUAACUCAACAAAUUGUCAAUAUUGUAAAUAGUUAUUGUGAAUUCGUGCAGAAAAAUUGUAUGAUCGUGUAA